UGGUUUCUCUGCGAUGGUCUCUGGACUGUUUUCUUCAUAUCUGACCACUUUCUUAUGUUCUCUGACUCUAUUAAUAUAACUGAAAAUGUCCUAAUGUGUCUGGUAUUUAUUUAUCAAAUAACCUUUAAUCAGUCAAAAAAUAUUUCAAUGCAUUUCUCUCUAUGUAUGAAUGUUAUAAAGUAAACACACUUGGCCCGUUAUAGUUUUUCUGGAAACAAACGAUAUUCAAUGCAUUUAUAAGUUAUCCCCAUCAGGAAAUAGAUUUGUUGAUUAUGCUCAUAUUUGUUUCCUAUUUUUUUUAACUUCUUAUGUUUCAUUUCGCUCUGUAGUUUGCUCUUCCCCUUAGUACUGCCCAAGAGAAAGGAGUCUUUAAUUUAAUUUAAUCUAAUUUCAUCAUGUCACAAAUCUGUCUCAUGCCUCCUUCCCUGUCACAUUUGUUAAUGGAAUGACAUCCCCUAAUUAAAUUAAAGCGCGUAAUCCCUUUUCUCAUUCAUCUUUCGUGGUUUACAUCCUCUUGUGUUAUCCAUCUCUCAUUCAUUUUCUUCCUCUAACUGUUUUUAUGCCUUGUAACAGAGUACUUUCUUUGUCAUUUUCCACUAAUGAAUUUUUAUUGCUAGCAAAUGCUCCUGUUUUAGAUGUUUUAUCUGUAAUAGUAACAUAGGAAUUAUUCUAUAGGAUACAUAGCCAUGAUAAAUAAUCAGACACGCAAAUCUGGUUCUCAAGUAACAUACAAUAUUUGACAUUUGUCAGAUAAAAAACAUUCAGUGUCAUCUGACUCACUAUUGACUUCUGUGUUCCAGGAACAAGACUGUGCGAUCAACAUUGAUCAAAUUGCAUCAAAAGAAGACAUAAAAUUAAAGUGAAAUACUCACAUGAUAUAUUGCUAGACAUUAUAAAAAUGGUUAUAUUGCUAGUAAUGACAAGUAAUGGGUAUUUUAACAAUGGUGCCCUGUAUAUGUAAGCUUAAACAAAAAAUGUAUAUCCAAAAAUAUAGAAUUCAUAAUGUUACAAUAUGACACAAUAUAAGUUUAUAGAGUAAAAGAUUUUUUUCAGAUAAAGGUUAAAUCAUGUAUACAUAUUCCUAGGUUUAAAAGAGACAGAGGUGUCAAGGGUUGUAACUUAAAUUUAAUUUAUGAAAUAACCUACAGACAACCACAUAUUACUGAGAAAGAAUGAGGGUGAUGGUUUGGGGAUUGCGGCUUCUCUACGUCUGCAAACUAGUGGAGGCCUUUCCUAUUUCACCUUUGCACCCGACCAUUCAGACUUCGUCGUCCUCUGCUUUUGUCAGCCCUACAGAGGAUGAAAGCACAGAACUGGUGGACUGGCUAACACGGUAUGGCUAUCUCCCGCCCUCCGAUCCCUCUACCGGGCAGCUGCAAGCUUGGACAGCCGUCACCCAGGCUUUAAGAACUAUGCAGAACUUUGCUGGCCUCAAUGUAACAGGAGCUGUAGAUAAGGACACACUGGACUUGAUGCGCCAACCGCGAUGCUCCCUUCCAGAUGAGGAUAAGGAGCAGGACCCCCUGCAUGCUGGGAGACACCGGGAGAGACGGGGAGUUACCUGGACAUACAGGAACAUCAAUUGGAGGUUGCGGUCAUAUCCCACUCCCUCUGCUCUUUCUCGUGAGACAAUUCGCUCCCUGGUGUUCUAUGCCCUUAAGGUUUGGGCGGAGCCAAUUCCACUGGAAUUCCAUGAGGUGGGCAGCCCAGUCGGAGCUGACUUACUGGUGGAUUUCCUGCACGGCUCACAUGGCGACGGCUUUCCCUUUGAUGGGCCGGGUGGGUCUGUGGGCCAUGCUUUCUUUCCAUCUGAUCCUGACAGAGCUGGUGCAGUUCACUUGGACUCACAGGAAGACUGGGCUUUCAGGCAACCUCCCUCUGAGGGUAUUGAUCUCUUCACAGUGCUGGUGCAUGAGUUUGGUCAUGCCUUAGGAUUGUCCCACUCCUCUUCUAAGCGGUCUGUCAUGAGACCUUACUACCACGGCUCGCUGGGGGAUGCCCUGGACUUCACCCUGAGCUCCCUGGACAGGGAGCAGAUCACUAAACUAUAUGGUAACCGAGAUAAUCAUCUGGCCAUAGAUUCUACUGAUACAGCCUUACAGCCUCACUUCAGACGCAGAGAACAAUAUAUUACUGAACAACAAAGAAAUACUUUUGAUCGCUGUGCAACCAGCUUCGAUGCAGUGGCCAAAAUUAGAGGGGAGACCUUUUUUUUUAAAGGUCUCAGUAUGUGGAGGGUUAGCCGAGGAGGGCUGGUGUCCGGGAAGCCCGCCGUCCUUCGGCAAAUGUGGAGGGGUCUUCCUCCCAGCCUAGCCUCUCUGCAGGCAGUCUUAGAGAGACAGUCAGACCACGCAAUUGUCUUCAUUAGUGGCCCCCAGUAUUGGUUGUUUAAGGAUCUCUCCCUACAAGAAGGGUACCCCCGGCCUCUGUCUGAUUUAGGCGCCGGAGGACAGGAGGUUGAACAAGGGCUGGUAUGGGACAUGGAAAAGGGUACAGUUUGGGGGAACAGAGAAGCAGAAAACAAUAGAGAAGAAAAUGGAGAAAUCUGGAAAGAACUCCUAAGAAAAGGUGUGAAUGGAAUCACCACAGAUGAAGAUGGCUCCAUAAACAUUUUUAGAGGCCAAUUGUACUGGAAGUUUCCUUAUCCUGGCUCCAGCCCUGGAGCAGGAUUUCCGCGCUCCCUGGCCACGGACUGGCUCGAUUGUCCUCAGCCUUUUUCAUCCGCCCCGGGCAGCUUCUCUUUUUCACAACCCACCGGUAAUGAAUUUCACGGAGUUGAGAGGGACAGGGAAGUGGACCAGGAGGACAGAAGGCAUUCUGGGAAAAAGACAAGAGGCAAAAACGUGCUGGAGCAAUGGGCUUGCCCGUGCUUGAACAGUGGGGUGCCGGGGGUUGACCUGAUGUGGUGCAAAAUGUCAUUGGUCUUACCUCUGCUUUUGCCGUAUUUCUGACUGCAGCAUCUAUCUAAAAGGUCCACGGGGCAAGUUCA